AUGGCACUGGCGGCCUCCCUGGCUGAGUUGCAUGCAGAGACACGCUGCCCCGUUUGCCGGGAUUUCCUACAGGAGCCCAUAACCCUAGAAUGUGGCCACAAUUGCUGUGCCUCAUGUCUGCAGCAGCGCUGGGAGCACCUUCAGGACGUCCUGCCCUGCCCAGUGUGCCUGCAUCCCUGCACACACGGUCACCCCCAGAGGAACACGCAGCUGGGAAACAUGGUUGACCUGGUCCAGCAGCUUCGCAGCAAGAGGUUGAAGGUCGCAGAGCUGGUGGAAGAGGAGGAAGAAGAGGAGGGAGAAGAAGAGGAGGGCAGAGGCCUCUGUGAGAGGCACCAGCAGGCCCUGAGCCUGUUCUGCGAGGACGAUCUGGAGCUGCUGUGUACCCAGUGCGGUGAAUCCCCUGAACACCAGGCCCAUGAUCUGAUGCCCGUUGUAGAAGCUGCUGCUCAUCACAGGCAGAAGCUCAAGAACUGCCUGGGGCAGCUGGGGAAGCAGCUGGAGGAGGCAGAAACGAUGUUCCUAAGGCAGAUCAUUGAUAGACAAACCCAGCUGUCAGACAUUGGCUCCACUCUCAAGUCGCUGCUGAGAGACAUCCUUGGUCUGCGGCUGGAGACGGACCUGUUUAUGGAACCCGGCUCUCCCGUUGCCUCCACACUUCGCUGGCCUGCACAACCUCAAGGACCAUUUUCUGUGUAUCUGACUCUGGAUCCUGACACUGCCCACCCCAGUCUCAGCGUCUCCCAGGACCGGAAAACAGUCAGUUUUCAUCGCCUCGACAAAGCAGGUGGAUCCACGUCUGGCUCUUGCCCCAAGACCUUCACCUCCCUAGAAGCCAUCUUGGGCAUGCAGAGCUUUGAAGGGGGCCGGCACUUCUGGCAGGUAGAAAUCCAAGGCUCGGGCAGGUGUUCCUUCGGGGUGUGCAAGGAGUCGUUCCCCCAAAAUGCUGUGGGAACUCCGACCCCGGGUGAUGGCUGCUGGCAACUCCAGCAGCUCGUUGGGGUCAUCUUGGACUCGCACCAGGCACAAACCCGGGUGGGCGUGUUUCUGGACUAUGACUUGGAACAACUUACCUUUUACAAUUUGGUUAACUGCUCCCACUUCUGCACACUCAAUGGCAGCUUUUCGGGAAAGCUCCUGCCCUACUUCGGUCUUUGCUCCUCGUCCAUAGCGUGUUCCGUGACUCUUGUCUGA